CUCUGGUGGUUGCUUAUUGACUGCAGAAGAAACAGAAGCUACUCAGGGAAAAGACCUCCUCAAAAUCCUGUUUGCAGGCAAACUUGAACUAGAGGCUCUCUCCCCCUGCAGCUUUCCCAAAGUUCCCCACACCUCUCUCAGCAAUGGCUAUGGUGUGCCUUUCUGACUUUGAAGCUUAUGCUAAGAAGUAUUUACCCAAGAUUGCUUGGGAUUAUUUUGCAGCUGGAGCAGACGACUGUAUCACACGAGAUGAAAACAUCCUGGCAUAUAAAAGAAUUCGUUUCCGGCCACGUAUGCUGCGGGAUGUAUCCGUGAUGGACAUUAGGACUAAAAUCCUGGGUUCUGAAAUCAGCUUUCCUGUAGGAAUUGCCCCUACAGGCUUCCACCAGCUAGCAUGGCCUGAUGGAGAGAAAAGCACAGCCAGAGCGGCCAGAGCAAUGGACACCUGCUACAUUGCCAGCACCUACUCCACGUGCACGCUGGAGGAGAUCUCCGCGGCUGCGCCCGGUGGCCUCCGCUGGUUCCAGCUCUACAUCCACCGCAACAGGGCAGCUUCCCAGCAGCUGGUCCAGCGGGCGGAGGCCUUGGGCUUCCAGGGCCUCGUCCUCACCGCAGAUCUGCCCUACACAGGCAAGAGACGCGACGAUGUCCGCAAUGGUUUCCGCCUUCCUCCCCACAUGAAAGUGAAGAACUUGGAACGAGCCUUUGAGGGAGAUGACUGGUCUGAGUAUGGACUGCCACCCAACAGCUUGGAUCCUUCAGUCACCUGGAAUGACAUCUACUGGCUGCGGAGCCUGACAUGCCUGCCCAUCAUCAUCAAAGGCAUCUUGACAAGAGAAGAUGCAGAGCUGGCAGUGAAACAUGGAGUUCAGGGAAUUAUUGUGUCCAACCAUGGUGGAAGGCAACUGGACGAAGGACCUGCCACUAUUGACGCUCUGGUUGAGGUUGUGGAGGCAGUACGAGGCAGAGUCGAAGUUUAUGUAGAUGGUGGGAUACGAAAAGGAAGCGACGUGUUAAAAGCACUGGCACUGGGAGCAAAAUGUGUCUUUAUUGGAAGACCAGCUUUAUGGGGCCUGGCUUACAAGGGUGAAAAAGGUCUUCAGGAUGUCUUGAGAAUCCUUCAGGAUGAGUUUCGCUUGUCCAUGGCCUUGGCUGGCUGUGCCAGCGUCUCAGAGAUUGGCCAGCACCUGGUUCAGUUCUCAAGGCUGUGAUCAGCCUCCUGCCAUACCCAGCAAACAGAGGCAGGUGAAGCUAAGGUCCCAACCAGACUGAAGAUGAAAAAGGAGGUGCAAUAAGUAUCUGAUAAGGCCUUCUGGAAACUUCUGAAGAGAUGAGGAAAGGCUCUGUGUUAGCAAAGGCUGCUCUCUGCUUUCCUCGAGACCAAUGAAUUCCAUAACAGUUUGGGUAA